AUGACAUGCUCCAUUGCUGUUUUCUUGCAGACGAUAAAACUAACUCCAGGUGUGUGGUACUGGAAAGAUGAUACCAACACACUUGAAUUUGCAAGCUCCAAUCCAGAAGCUGAGGAAAACCUUAAGGAUGGAAAAAAUGUUCACUUUCAGGAAAUGCGUGUCAAGACAUUAAAGAGCAUCUUCAAAGAUGACUGCAGUGCAAGACUCCCUGAAAAAAGGCUGGCUCACAAAGAAGAAAGAUUGCAUAGGCUCUCCAAAUGGGUACAACAUGAGUAUGUGACAUUGGAUGAUGUCAAAUAUGCUGCUUUGCUUUUGGAAGAAGCAAAUGAGUCAGCUCACAAGUUCCCAUUAGCAGCAGUUAUGAGGAAUGAGAAGCUUGAUGAGUUCCUCAUGGCCCUGCUCAUCUACCUAUCUUUUUACCUGGAAAAAAUUGCCCUGGAAAAGAAAUACAGCACCUUGGCUUCGACUAUGAUAUUUCUAGAGAUGACAGAAAUGGACAAUAUGUUGGCGGAGUUAGCGGUGGCCAGGAUUCACCUUGCCAAGGUGUACUGCAACCUCAUCCUCGGACCACACACGGCACAGCAGCCUGGUGGAAGGAGAGAAUCAUCAUUGCAGAAAGACUGGAGCUUCUCUGAGGGCUUCUACAACUUCUGCAGUCAUGUGGCUUGGCUUGUGUUCAGACGGAAGCAUUUCCAAGUGAUUCGGGAAGAAAUCGGCAGGCUGCUUUUCUCUGAUGUGUUCAAUCCUGCCUUAAGAGACAGGAGCAAUGUUGACUUCCAGAAACCAGGAGAACGGAGUGCUGCUGCAAAUGCAGUGCAAUUGCCACAUCUGAGAAAAGUCCAUACCAAGCAUCCUUGCCUACACAGCAUGGUUCACCAGCGCUCGCCAAUGCUCAGCACGCUGCUGCCCUUACCGAAGGAGAGACCGCAAUACAUCUUCCAGAACCACUACUGUCGGGGCAGAGACUCUCAACCUUGCAUGUGUGACAUCCUGCCGGACUUCUCGGAAUUGUUGACUACCAAGGUGGGCAUCCUUGGAGCUCCUUGUAGGGAGUUAAAAUCUCUUAUGAGCAUGCCUGAUGGGGCAAGGGAGAAGGAGGAAGAAGAGGAAGAACAAGUCUCCAUGCUGACAAAUGAUGAGAAAGAACAAGUCUCCAUCCUGACAAAGCUGCUCCAAGGUGGCUUCUCCACCUCUGAGAAGCCCCAAAAACAGGCUUAG